CUACCCUGACCUCCACGAGCACAGCACGGCCAUCAACUGAAAGGCAUGUCUCCGCUGCAUGUUCGCGCCCGCCCGACGACAGUGCCCAGGCAGCAUGCCUGGCGGCCCCGGACAGCGCUAGGAAGACCUCCACCAAGCUCCGGCUGAUGACAGGCUGCUUCGGUACCAACAAAUCGCCUCUACACCAUCACGAUUCCCAUCCGUCAUUGCCGUUCACCGUCGCGGAAUCCUGCAUCAAUUGCCCCAAGACUCAAAAUGCGACUCAUCGAGCGCUCACAACCCCUGCCAGCUGAUCUUGGCCUACCCCGCUGUCGUCGGCGAGCUCCUCAACUGGGAACAUGAACCCCAACCUCAGCCGGGCGUCUUUUCUACAAUCCAGCUCCAAGACUCCGCCACCGCCCAAGAAAGAGACUAACUUGUUAGUUACUACCAGUGGUGGGGGUUGGGCUGCUUGUGCGCCAUGCAGGCAGCCUCGUCUACUUCAACUUUCUCCCCUUUGGCGGCUCAGCAUCGUGUCUCUGACUGCGAUGUGACGCCCACUACGCGGAUGCAUGCCGGGAGCGGGCGGUGCCAGCAAAUUGUUGAUAUGAUGGGCUGGCUGGCUGGCUGGCUGGUGGUGCAAGAGCCUCGUUCGUGCAACCAUAAAACGAGAAGCCUCCUCCAGCCCCGAAAAGUCACCAUCAAAUCGCCAUCAAAGAGACUCUCGAGGCAGACCUCUCUCUCUCCAUACUGCGAACGAACAACAACAACAACAUCAUCAUCAUCAUCUCCUGAAACGCCCGGCCGUGAUCUAGGUGCUGCCGUUCUUUAUAGCCAGACCACACGUCCUUGAUCCGAUCCCCGAACCUUCAUCGUCCACCACAACUGCCCGCAUCGCGCAUCGACACCACACCACCACAACCGCCGCCAUGUCGUACCGCAUCUCCGCACCAGACGAGUACCUCGCCGUCACCGGCAUGGGCGUGCGUACCGUCAAGAUCACAAAGGCCGCCUGGGUAUGGCCUUUCCAGCGGUGCACCCGCUUCUCGGUCCAGCCCCACGACUACGCCAUGGACCUCCAGGCCAUGACCAAGGAGAAGCUGCAGUUUUCCCUCCCCGUCGUCUUCACCGUCGGCCCCGACGUCAACGCCCGCGGCGCCAACGCCGGCCUCUCCGUCGCCGAGGCCGCCGGCCCCGCAGAUGAUGACCCCCGCGGCGGCCUCCGUGAGGACCGUGGCGACGCCCUCAUGAAGUACGCCAUGCUGCUGGCCCAGUCCGACUCUUCCUCCCGCGUCAAGACGGACCAGCGCACGCACGUCGCCAACAUCGUCAAGGGCAUCAUCGAGGGCGAGACCCGCGUCCUCGUCUCCAGCAUGACCAUGGAGGAAAUCUUCACCGAGCGCGAGGUCUUCAAGCGCCGCAUCUUCCGCAACAUCCAGUCCGAGCUCGACCAGUUCGGCCUCAAAAUCUACAACGCCAACGUCAAGGAGCUCAAGGACGCGCCCAACUCGGUCUACUUCGAGUCCCUCUCCCGCAAGGCCCACGAGGGCGCCACCAACCAAGCCCGCAUCGACGUCGCCGAGGCGCAGCUGCGCGGUAAUGUCGGCGAGGCCCAGCGCAAGGGCGAGCAGGACCGCGAGAUUGCCAAGAUCAACGCCGAGACGGCCGUCCAGAAGACGGAGCGCGACAUCGAGCGCUCCCAGGCCGAGGCGCGCCUCAACACCAAGCAGACGGUGCUGACGCGCGACGUCGACAUUGCCCGCGUCGAGGCCCAGCGCGCCCUCGAGUCCAAGGACGAGGACCUCAAGAAGGAGGUCGAGAUCCGCCGCGCCGCCGCCGAGCUGGAGCGCCUGCGUGCCCGCGACGUUGUCAAGGCCACCAUUGCCAGGGAGAGCAAGCAGCAGGCCGCCGACGCCUCGGCCUACGAGGUGUCCGCCGACGCCCGCGCUCGCCAGGAGGCGACGCAGCGCCACGCCGACGGCGGCGCCUACACGGUGCGCGUCGACGCCGAGGCGGCCAACUACGCCACCCAGCAGGCCGCAGAGGCCGCCGUCAUCCGUCAGCUCAAGGAGGCCGAAGGUGUCAGCGCCAUGGCCGACGCCUACGGCAAGAUGGCGACGGCGUUUGGCGGGCCCGCCGGCCUCCUGCAGUACAUGAUGAUCGAGAAGGGCACCUACGUCGAGCUGGCAAAGGCCAACGCCGAGGCGGUUCGCGGCAUGGCUCCCAAGAUUUCCGUCUGGAACACGGGCAGCAGCAGCGGCAGCGGCGGUGGCGCAAACGACCCCGCCGAGGCGAUGCGCAACGUCUACCAGAUGCUGCCGCCGCUCAUGACCACCAUCAACGAGCAGACGGGCAUCACGCUGCCCGAGUGGCAAUUUGGGCGGCUCAAUGCCCAGGCCGAGGCCAUGCACAAGGGCAAGGUCAACGGCGAUCAAUGAGUGCGAUGUCUUGGCUUGAGUCGCAUGUAAGAUAUGGGCGUGGUGCGGAUUGUAUUAUCACGAAACUCUUAAACUGGUGGGAAUACCCUGUUCUGCUUGAGCGCGCGACAACAAUUCCCUUUGUCUCUCUCCCCCUUUUGUAUCUACUACUUAUAUAGACUGAAUACAGCGUGUGAUACCCA